UCUCUCAAGUCUCAAGCGCGACGUCUCUCUCAUCUCCCUUUGCUUCGGGCGAGUCCGGUUUCAAAUCCCUCGGGUUUCAAGUUUCUUCCGCCUCCGAUCUUGUUAAUGGCGACGAUGGGGCGUAGUAGCAGGUUCUUCAAGUUCAGAUCCCUCCGCAGUUAGUUCGCGUGCGGUCCCGAAAGGAUCGAUCGGUUUCCUCUUCGAUCUCUGCUCGAGCGUCUUCGUCUUCUUUUUUCCCCUUUCGGAGGAUCGAUGGUUGGGAAGUAUCGCCACGAUUUCUACUUCGGGACGGCGGUGAAGAUGGCGCGGAUCAUUCUCCGGAUCGACUACUCCAGGCUCUUCUGGCAACUCUUCGGCGUUUUCAACUACGACAACCACGAAGGAAAGCCGCGGAUCAUCUAGCGCACCGACCGCGGAUAUCUUCUCCCUCUCGCUUUCUGCUUCUCAGUAUUUUCUACCUCCUCUUCUCGUUCUCUUUCCUGUUCUUGGUUUUUUUUUUUCUCGGCCGAUGAGGCCGCCAUCGGCGGAGAGGCGGCGCUCUGGACUCGUCGACGAGGUGAAUGGCUACGUCGAGACCGACCCGACCGGUCGCUACGGUCGUUUUGAUGAAAUGCUUGGGAAAGGAGCCAUGAAGACAGUCUAUAGAGCAUUUGAUGAGCUAAAUGGCAUUGAAGUGGCUUGGAACCAAGCCAAGAUUUGCGAUGUAAUGCGUUCUCCUGAAGCAUUGGAACGCAUGUACUCGGAGGUUCACCUCCUCAGCUCUCUUAACCAUGACUCCAUCAUCAAGUUCCAUGCCUCCUGGAUCGAUGCAACAAACAGGACUUUCAACUUCAUCACCGAGAUGUUUACCUCCGGCACGCUCCGAGAGUAUCUGCAACGAUAUCCCCAAGUGAAUGUCAAGGCUGUCAAGAGAUGGGCACGACAAAUCCUUCACGGACUGGUAUACUUGCAUGGUCAUGACCCACCGGUUAUUCACCGAGACCUAAAAUGUGACAACAUUUUUGUCAAUGGCCAUCUGGGGCAAGUUAAGAUUGGCGAUCUCGGCCUGGCUGCCAUGCUCCGUGGAGCACAGUGUGCCCACAGUGUCAUAGGAACGCCAGAGUUUAUGGCACCGGAAGUCUAUGAAGAGGAAUACAAUGAGCUUGUUGAUACCUACUCAUUUGGAAUGUGUGUGCUUGAGAUGCUCACCUCUGAAUACCCCUACAACGAAUGCUCAAAUCCAGCUCAAAUUUACAAGAAAGUUACUUCAGGAAAAUUGCCGGAUGCUUUCCAUCACCUCAAGGAUCCCCAAGCAAAGCAUUUCAUUGGAAGGUGCUUGCAAGGAGCCUCCAAGAGAGCAUCUGCAGCAGAGCUCCUCCUCGAUCCCUUCCUUGUACUCAAGGACAAUCCUACUACGUCACCAAGCUUCACAAAUCCAGCCAAUGUUUUUAAGAACGAUUUAGUUGAGUCAAGAGCACAUGAUCAUGUGCAGCUGGCAGACAAUGCUCCUGAUCCUGAUACCGUGGCAAAGGCUACCAACAUGACCAUCACUGGCAAGAUAAAUCCUGAAGAUGACACAAUAUUUCUCAAAGUGCAAAUUGCUGUUCAAGAAGGGAAGAUGAGCAACAUCUAUUUUCCUUUUGAUAUCAUCGAGGACACACCAUUGGAUGUGGCAAAUGAGAUGGUGAAGGAGCUUGACAUAAGGGACCGAGAACCAUCAGAGAUAGCGGAGAUGAUCGCUCAAGAGAUCACAAGAUUGGUGCCUGGUUGGAAGAAAGACGACGAGGAAUCCCACCAAGUUUACAACUAUGUCGAUGAUGAAGAAGAUCGAAGCAACCAUCCGUUCUACUACCUCUCCUCCCCUACUUCUUCCCAAGCCUCGGUGGCUUUUGGCAUGAGCUCCUUCCGAGGUAUACACAACCUUCAACAAAAAGAAUGGCAUGGAGAUGGCUCAUCUCAGGGUGAUGUUGAUGUUGAUGAUGAUAUAAGCUCUGUUCACUCAAGUAAAUACUCUGCUAUGAACUACACCUCAGGUAGUGAUCAAGAACCUUUUUCUACUUUCGAUCAGGGAGAUCAAGGCUGCCUAAAGUCGACGAAAAUCUGCAUUGAGGAAAGUUUUGGUAGUUGUUGCGGCGAUGGUCACGGGAAGAGUGCAGUGCGCGAUGCACACCACCACCCCCACCGACGGCUGCUGAGGAAUCAGUCGAUGCUGGACUUGCGAAGCCAGCUGCUGCACCGGGCGCUGGUGGAGGAGCUGAACAAGCGCAUGUUCAAGACGAUCGGUGCCGUCGAGAACAUAGGCUUCCAAGUGCCAUGCUCCGCUUCGUCUCCAGCCCGUUGCAAUUGUCAUAAUCAUCAUCAUCAUCAUCAUCAUCGAAAGAAAAAACAAGGACCCAUUUCACCUAUUGCGCGAUGAAGAAGCUGCAUGAAUAAGACUUUAGCAUGGUUCAGAUUGUGUGCAUACAUGCAUGCAAGAAUACACUCAAAAGUACCUGUAUCAAGUUCAUCUCGCCAUCCAUAAUGCUUGCUUGAGCUAUGAUUGUAAGGUAAUUGUUAGUAUUAGGGAUUUGUUAUCUUUGUGAAAUAGAUGUCUGCCUUUCUGCAUCUGCUAUCAAACUAUAAACUAUAAGCGAAAUAAAAAAAAUGUUUUGCAAGAAUGUUUUUAUCUCAUAUUCUUGAGAUAGUGAUAGACCACCCUCUAUUGGGUUGCCUGUG